AUGAUCCAUUUGUUCACAUUUGUCAGCCCCCAGCGCGAAGAUGUCUGGGACGCAGCUGCAGACCAACACGUCGUCCACCCUACUCGUCCCGGGUACAGUGGCUACUACUCCAUGGAUAAUACUGGGUUAAACGCCGAGGGCUUCGCUGUCCGAUUCUUGGUAUACCUCCGAUCCUUAGGUCCGGAUUCGGAUCCCGACCAGGCCAUCUUGCGAUUUGCAUAUCAUGGGGCGUUCUCGUCACUCGCUUCCAUCGACGAGGACAACAAGAACAACGACGACGACGAGCCCGCGUCGCCGCCCCGGGGGCCACCGCCGCGCCCACCGCCGCUCCAGUCAUGGCCAGAUCAAUUGGGUGUCAGGCCAAUCCCCGCUGGAUUUUUCGAUGAGCUAGCCCUUGACCACCCGUCCCGAGACCGACUCAGGGAUAUCUCCCCUGGGAGCUGGGUGCUUCUUAUAGAUAGAAAAGACCGACGUGAUCGAUUCAGCGACGACCGCGCCUUCUUACAAUACUCUUUUAUCAGAAUCCGUCGCUCUCCAGCCCCGAAGCAACAACAACAACAACAAAGACCGGCCCCCGUCUCUAGUUCAGUUGAGGUAGUCGGCGGGCUGACCGACUUCCUGCGCGAAACCGUACUAGAAACUGAUAUUACCAUGUGGGAGAAACGGCUCGAGGAGGUAGAGAUGGACUUGGUUUCAGCGUUGACUAGACCGAGCCCACCCAGUACCCCGUCAUCGAUGGAAUGGUCACCGGGGGUGAACCCGAUUAACGAGGUGCUGAGGCGCUUGACUUCAUCUACAAUUGAGAGCGCAGACAACGCCCCACCAGAGACUGGUCUUCCCACUGAGGAGGGACUGGUCGUGGAGGGAGAGAGGGGACGCUGCAUCGGCGUUCGCGUCAUGGCCGAGAGCCGGGUCCACACUUUACUGGACCAGUUGCUAUGA